AUGACAAGCAUGGAGCUGUCCGUAGGCCAGUCGGCCCAAUACGUCGGGCCUUACCGGUUGGAGAAAACCCUUGGGAAGGGGCAGACGGGUUUGGUGAAGCUGGGAGUGCACUGUAUCACGGGACAGAAGGUGGCCAUAAAGAUUGUGAACCGAGAGAAGCUGUCCGAGUCUGUCCUCAUGAAGGUGGAGAGGGAGAUAGCUAUACUAAAACUAAUAGAGCACCCUCAUGUGCUGAAGCUGCAUGAUGUUUAUGAGAAUAACAAGUACCUGUAUCUGGUGUUGGAGCACGUCUCAGGAGGAGAGUUAUUUGACUACCUGGUGAAGAAGGGCAGACUGACGCCUAAAGAGGCCAGGAAGUUCUUCAGACAGAUCAUCUCAGCGCUGGACUUCUGCCACAGUCACUCUAUAUGUGGUAUGUUUUCUGAUGGGAGGUUCUCUUAUGGGAUUGAGCCUCUUUUCGACGGGACCAAUCAGACUGAGGGGGCCCACCUAGUGCGUAGGAUGCCUGAUGUCAGACUAUCCUCAGACUGUCUAGACUGCACAGAUGACAGUGAGGGGGAUAGAGCCAGAGGUAAUGGUGAUGAGCAGAUGAAGGAUCCCCGGGUCGGUGAGGUGCUGAGGCGCUCUAAGAGACAGCUGCCACGCAGGCCCACCGUGCAGUCAGAGACCAAAUACAUCGAGCUGAUGGUGGUCAACGACUACGAAAUGUUUGUGCAGCUGCGACGCUCCACUACCCAGGCCAGGAACUUUGCCAAAGCAGUGGUCAAUAUGGCUGAUGCAAUUUACAGGGAACAGCUGAACACACGCAUCGUGUUGGUUGCCAUGGAGACCUGGUCGUCGGCCAACAUGGUUCCCGUGGUGACCGACCCGUUGACGACGCUGCAGAACUUCAUGAAGUACAGGAAGGACAGUAUUAAGGAGCAAAGUGACGCCGUGCACCUCUUCUCGGGGCGUACGUUCCAGAGCAGUCGCAGUGGGACGGCCUACACCGGAGGGGUGUGCUCUCUCACCAGAGGAGGGGGCAUCAACGAGUAUGGGAACGUGGGUCCUAUGGCCAUCACUCUGUGCCAGAGUCUGGGUCAGAACAUUGGGAUGAGGUGGAACAACAUACGCAGCUCUGCGGGAGACUGCAGAUGUCCUGAUUCGUGGCUUGGCUGUAUCAUGGAAGACACUGGAUAUUACCUGCCCAGAAAGUUCUCUCGCUGCAGUGUUGAUGAGUACAUCCAGUUCUUGCUCCAGGGGGGCGGGAGCUGCCUCUUCAACAAGCCCAACAAGCUGUUGGACCCUCCUGAGUGUGGGAACGGCUUCGUGGAGACAGGGGAGGAGUGUGACUGUGGGUCUCAGCUGGAGUGUGCCCGUAGUGGAGGGGCGUGCUGUAAGAAGUGUACCCUGACCCACGAUGCCAUGUGCAGUAGCGGACUGUGCUGCAGUGGGUGCAGGUAUGAGCUGAGAGGAGCGGUGUGCAGACAGGCUGUGAAUGACUGUGACAUCCCAGAGAGCUGCACAGGAGACUCCAGCCAGUGCCCUCAUAAUGUGCACAAGCUGGAUGGAUACAUGUGUGACAGUAGUCAGGGUCGUUGUUAUAGUGGUCGGUGCAGGACUCUCGAUGGCCAGUGUAAGGGACUGUGGGGCUACAAUUCAGCAGACCGCUUCUGCUAUGAGAAGCUGAAUGCAGAGGGCACAGAGAAGGGCAACUGUGGGCGGAGCCCUGAGGGCCAGGGAUGGCUGCAGUGCAACAAGCCGGAUGUGCUGUGUGGUUUCCUGUUCUGUGCCAAUAUGACGGUGAAGCCAAAGUUUGGGGAUCUGGAGGGGGAAGUGACCAGCCUUACAAUAUACCACCAGAACAAGUACCUGGACUGCCGAGGGGGCCAUGUCCUGCUGGAGGAUGGGUCAGACCUGGGCUACGUAGAGGAUGGUACACCGUGUGGCCCCAACAUGAUGUGUCUGGAUCGCCGCUGUCUCCCCGUGGCAGCCUUCAACCUCAGCACCUGCUCCGGCUCCACGCUGGGACGCACCUGCUCUGACCACGGGACAUGCAGUAACGAGGUGAAGUGUAUCUGUGACAGGGACUACACCGGGAAGGACUGCAGUGUCUUUGACCCCAUCCCUGACCCCACACCGCCUGCCAGCACGGAGAAGAAAGGUCCCAGUGGCACCAAUAUCAUAAUAGGGUCCAUCGCAGGUGCUAUUCUUCUGGCAGCUAUAGUCCUAGGGGGGACCGGAUGGGGAUUUAAGAAUAUCCGAAGAGGAAGGUAUGGCCUAGCCCCUGACACUGCAGGGUGA